AUGUUUGGAGCGUUUGCACUCCACUGCGUGCCGGGCAUGGUUCUAGGUGUCUUCAGGCGUUUGUUUGAGCCUCACGUAGUUCUUGAAGGGGACAUGGGAGUAGGAAAAUCUUGCUUGCUUCAUCAAUUUACAGAAAAAAAAUUUAUGGCUGAUUGUCCUCACACAAUUGGUGUUGAAUUUGGUACAAGAAUAAUUGAAGUUAGUGGCCAAAAAAUCAAACUGCAGAUUUGGGAUACAGCAGGACAGGAGCGGUUUAGGGCUGUUACGCGAAGCUAUUACAGAGGUGCUGCAGGAGCACUCAUGGUGUAUGAUAUCACUAGUGGUUUGGGCUUAUUGUUCCUUGAAGCAAGUGCAAAAACGGGAGAGAAUGUAGAAGAUGCGUUCCUUGAGGCUGCCAAGAAAAUCUAUCAGAAUAUUCAGGAUGGAAGCCUGGAUCUGAAUGCUGCCGAGUCUGGUGUACAACAUAAACCUUCAGCCCCACAGGGAGGCCGGCUAACCAGUGAACCCCAACCCCAGAGAGAAGGCUGUGGCUGCUAG